AUGGCGGAUGCCGCCGGCGAUGAAGCCGACGUGGUGCACGCCGUCUUCAGCACCCUUGCCAGGCAGCGUGUGGCGCUGCUCAAGGCGGUGGAGGACAUCGACGCCCAAGAGCGCAACAAGUGCUUCAGCUUCAUCCUGGGUGGAGCCAUGGGAGUGGAUACGAUGCCGGCUUUGACCUGGCGAUCUGCUGAGCACAUCCCCACCGUUUGCACGCGGGUGGUGGAGACCAGCCAUCCCAUCCAUGAGGACGACCUUGGCAAAAGCGCCCAGCGGGUGGUUCGGCUGCCCAAAGCUUCGCGGAUCAUCAUCCGCUUCGACCCCCUGAGCCAGCUGGACACUGGGGACUUCCUCAAGAUCUACACCAAAGCCAAGGGGCCGAAGGACCUGGUGUGGUCGGGAGGGCGCAGUGAGAUCGCCCGCCGGGGGUGGCCUGGGGUCGACGCUCCAGGCUUGGUCAUCGAAGGGGAGACCUUCACGAUCGAGAUGAGCCGGCUGAUGAAGAUCGGUGGUGGCGAGGAGGUCGCCUAUGGCUAUCGCUUGAUUGCGGAAGCCGAGCUGGCGCCCAGCACAGUGAACGACAUGCACCUCGCGUGCCACGCCUCGCAGUACGUUUGUGCGUCGAUUCUCUCCGAGUGCGGGGGCGACAUGCAGGAGGCGCUGCAGCGCUACAAGCUCUCCGAGGUGCGCCAGAAAUGGGAAGAGCUGGAGAGCCUCUCAGAGAAGCGAAAAAAGAGCCUGGGGCUGCGAAGCGGCGGCUGCUUCGUGGCAACGCAGUCCGUGGCAGCGGAGGACGCCUGGCUCCUCGGGGCGCGGCUCGACUUGGGCUCAGCGGCGCUCAGCUUCGCGGCGCGCGAGACGCUGCGGCCCAUGCCCAACGAGUGCUUCUCCGACCCGAACUACCAGGAGGCCUCAGGUCUCAACAUCCCUGUAUCGGAAUACUCUGAGCUUCCGGUGCCGUGGGCACGAGUACACUGCGGAGAUUUGGGCUCCUUGGUUCUUGGUUGCGAAGCGAAAGAGGGGCGAGCGCCUCCUGGCUUCAGCCUGGCAUUGGACAUGAAGAAAGGCAUCAAGCUGGGCAGCACUGGCUCGGGUCACGUUCCCUUCGUCUUUCAUCCCUUGGCCAGCGGCGCAAGCGUCACAUGGCGCGAGGAGACCUGGACCCACGUGGCCAUGGCAGACCUGCCGGGCCACCUGCGAAAGCACCGGCGCCGUCACGAAGUCUUCGAAGCCUUGCUGGACACCCCGGAGAAGGAUCCCUCGAUCCGAAACCAGCCGGAGCCCUGGCAUCGCAGCGUGGCUGGCUCCUGGUGGACAGAAGCCCAGUGGUAUGGCCGGCCAGAUCACACAAGCGGGGACGUUCUAUUGUCCACGGUCAAAUACGGGAACAGCGCAUUCUGGCUGGAGUUCGAGAUCCUGGCUAGUGGCGUGGUCGUGGCUUACCGGCUUCACGAAUACGGUCGCUCCGCCUUCCGCGAAGCUGUGUGGACAUCUCAGCGGAGGCUUUCCCUCUUCAGCGCCGAUCCGGAGGACUCCUACGAACUCUUCGCAGUCCCCAAAGCCCUGGAGGACCACGCCGGGGAGCUCAGCCCCCUCCAGAGCUACAGCCCCUCCGUGCUCCUCCGCAGCGCGCAGGGCCGCUACCUCCCGCGGCGCUUCCUUCGAGGAGUUUCGUGGGCAAUCUUUUGCAUGGCCUGCUCCUUUUUCUUGGGGGCUGCGCUCGCCUUUUCUUCUGGGCAGAAGCAACUCGGAAUGGAGGCCAAGACAUAUACGUACAAUGUGGGGCCUUCAGUUAUAACUUAG